CUGGCUCCGAGGAGACGGCGGGCGGCACUAGAGGGAGCUGCUAGCGCCGCCGCCGCCUUCGCCGCACCGGCCCCCCACGCCCGCGGCCCGGAGCGCCGCCUCCCAGACCGCGCCGCCGCGAUGGCGGAGGACAGCGAGUCAGCGGCCAGCCAGCAGAGCCUGGAGCUGGACGACCAGGACACGUGUGGGAUCGACGGGGACAAUGAGGAGGAGACGGAGCACGCCAAAGGAAGUCCCGGAGGGGAUUUGGGUGCCAAGAAGAAAAAGAAGAAACAGAAGAGAAAAAAGGAGAAACCGAAUUCUGGAGGCACCAAGUCAGACUCGGCGUCUGACUCCCAGGAGAUUAAAAUUCAGCAGCCUUCCAAAAAUGCCACCAUUCCCAUGCAGAAGUUGCAGGAUAUCCAGAGGGCAAUGGAGCUGUUAUCCGCAUGCCAGGGCCCCGCCAGGAACAUUGAUGAGGCUGCCAAACACAGAUACCAGUUUUGGGACACACAGCCGGUACCCAAACUAAAUGAAGUGAUAACGUCUCACGGUGCAAUUGAAGCUGAUAAAGAAAACGUGCGUCAGGAGCCGUAUUCCCUGCCACAGGGUUUCAUGUGGGACACGUUAGAUUUGGGCAACGCCGAAGUGCUCCGGGAGUUGUACACUCUGUUGAACGAGAAUUAUGUGGAGGACGACGACAACAUGUUCCGGUUUGACUAUUCGCCGGAAUUCCUGUUGUGGGCCCUGCGUCCCCCAGGCUGGCUCCUCCAGUGGCACUGUGGGGUCAGGGUGUCUUCAAACAAGAAACUAGUGGGGUUCAUCAGUGCCAUCCCUGCCAACAUUCGGAUCUACGACAGCGUGAAGAAGAUGGUCGAAAUCAACUUUCUCUGUGUUCAUAAGAAAUUGCGAUCCAAACGGGUAGCCCCAGUAUUGAUUCGAGAAAUAACCAGAAGAGUGAACCUGGAGGGGAUCUUCCAGGCUGUUUAUACCGCAGGAGUGGUUCUUCCUAAGCCAGUGGCUACGUGCAGAUACUGGCAUCGAUCACUAAACCCCAGAAAAUUGGUAGAAGUGAAAUUUUCUCACUUGAGUAGAAAUAUGACUUUGCAGAGAACAAUGAAGCUGUACAGACUUCCGGAUGUUACAAAAACGUCAGGCUUGAGGCCAAUGGAACCAAGAGAUGUUAAAGCCGUCCAAGAACUAACCAACAGUUACCUGAAGCAGUUUCAUCUGGCCCCAGUGAUGAAUGAAGAGGAAGUGGCCCACUGGUUCCUCCCUCAAGAGCACAUCAUUGACACCUUUGUAGUGGAGAACUCCAGUGGUAAACUAACUGACUUCCUGAGCUUCUACACACUCCCCUCCACAGUCAUGCACCACCCCGCUCACAAGAGCCUCAAGGCUGCCUACUCCUUCUACAACAUCCACACGGAGACGCCGCUGCUGGACCUCAUGAACGACGCGCUCAUCAUAGCCAAGCUGAAAGGAUUUGAUGUAUUCAAUGCACUAGAUUUGAUGGAAAAUAAGACAUUCUUGGAAAAACUCAAGUUCGGCAUAGGCGACGGCAAUUUACAGUAUUACUUGUACAAUUGGAGGUGCCCAGGAACAGAGUCCGAAAAGGUUGGACUUGUAUUACAAUAGAUGGAUAUUUCUGUUCUUAGAACUCUUUCGUCAUCAGUCGUUAAUAUUCUAGUUAAUGAUGCCUGGAACUGCCAUUCCAAAGAAGAUGAGAAGCACAACUUAAGUGACAUCAUAGUCAGUAACAGAAAAGAUGAGAAAAAAAAUCCAUUUGUGACCAAGAAAACACAUCCGUAGCUAGAACGUUAACAUUCACCCUUUUUUUCACCAUUUACCCAUUGGUAGGAGGGAUGGACGAAGGGUACAGAGAGUACGUUCCUUGAAUUUGCAACCUUUUCGCUGGCUCUCGAUGAAGAAAAGUUCUUUUUUUUCCCUCUCUCUAGAAAAGGGGCCACUUUUCUGUGGACUGGACAGACGUCACAGCAUCAUGUAAGAAAACCUUGGGCACCGUGCGGAGGUAAAGUGCUGCCCCUCUGUCUGUGACGAGGCCUCUGGUCUGCGGGGCCGUGUCCCGAGAGGAGCGCGCCGUCUGGAAAGUGUUGCCUUCCGUCUCCCAACGCGGUCCCCUCGGGAGCGCCCACGGAAGCAGCACAUCUGUGCCUCGGUCACGAGCCGUGGAUGACGGAGUGAAGAGCGAGGUAAAAACGCCCUGGGGACUGUGUGUGUCUCGAGAGGCGAAGUUGCCACUUCAGUCCGUGUGUAUUGGCAUCUGCAGCGGGUCGGUGGACUCUUUCCAGAGUCAGGUGUGGGGCAGACAUCCCCGAAGCGUGUCCAGCCCGGGACGAGCCAGGCUGUCCUGCCCCGCAGACACUCUUUCUUCUCCGCAACAGCCAGGCUGCGGGAGGCGAAGGGAGUCGAAGCCCUCGAGUCACGUGUCGCGCGCGGUGGGGUUUGACUGCUCUCAGGACGCUGAGAGUCUGAAUGUUUUUAAUUCCUUAUGCAGAAUUGCACACCUUCCUUUAUGCUGACUCUAAUUUAUCAUGAAAGCUGUCAGGCUCUUGGAAGACUUCUUAUUUGUAAAUAAGUAUCAUCAUUUUGUUACUUAUACUGGUGUUUUUAUCUCUGGUUUGAAAAAGGAGUUUCCCAGUGUACAUAACUGUAAAUAUCGCCCAUAGUCGACAUAAACUGGCCUCAACUACCACACAGUGCGUCCUUCUUCCUGCCUUUACUGUACCAGUGCCUAGGCCGCUCAGUCCAGAACAAUCUAAAUACCUUAGAUAACAGGAUGCCCUUCCUCCGUGUUCUUACUAAGGAGUCCAGGGAACCCAUCAUACUUCACACCAGGCAGGAGCUAGCAAACUCUGGCCUGUGAACUCGAGUCAGCUCAUCAUCUGUUUCGGACAGCCCACGAGCUAAGAAGGGUUUUACAUUUUUGAAUGGUGUGUGUGUGGCGGGAGGUGGGGGGGAUCAAACGAGGAAUGUUUUGCGACACAUGGAAAUUAUAGGGAGUUCAGAUUUCAGCACCCAUAAGGUUUCAUGGGAACACGGCUACAUUCAUUUACGUGUUGCCUGUGUGGCUGCUUCAUGCUACGAAAGACACUUUUGUAGUUGUUUGUAGAGUUGUUCUGACGGAGGCUACGGGCCAGAAGGUCUAGCGUAUUUACAACCUGGCCCUUUAAUGGGGAAAGAAACUGCCACUGAUGUCCACCAAGGAGCAGAAAGCCAGCUCGCCCUUGUCCUUAGGGCCAACCCAUGGCCGUGGCAUCCCGGACUUCCACUAGGGGGCAUGCUUGCCCCCCCCAAGUCAACCACAGUUUAAGGACAGCGCUGUUCAGGGUGACUUGCAUAGGAUGAUUCCAAUCCAGCUGCAUUACCAUUUUCUCCUAACAGAGGGAGAAAGCCUCUAGAAGCAAAAAUGAACCAAUUCACGGAGACACCAGAAUUAAGUAAAAGGGAUUUUUAGCCUUAUCUGAGGUCAAGGCUGUAGUUGGGGAUUACGUUGUACCAGUUUUUAGGGCACAGUCUUAUACAACGUAAGUUUUCAAAGAAUUGCAGUUUUGCCCCUCAGAAAUUCUGUCACAGACUCACCUCCUGAUGAGGUGGCAUUGUUCCUUUAUUCGCGUACCUAAUUCCAGUUAUCGGAGUUCAUCCUCUUUUAGUCAUUUUAAAAUCCAGUAAUAAAUGACUAGCACAUUUGCCUCUUUAUAAUUUAAGCACGUUACCAUUCAACAUUUUAAAAUAGAAAAAUCAGUAAAACUGCUUGUUUAUGAAGUAGCCGUUAAAACUAAAUUUUAAUGCAAUAUAGUGUCUUACAGAUUCAAAAAAACCACACCGUCCUCCACCCUUUGCCAGUAAUGGACGUGCUCUAGUCCAUGAGGUGCCCUCCCCCAUCUCCACCAUCACCCCAUUUUUUGGGUCAAGAUGGCAUUCAGGAAAUUUAAACGGAGGUGGCGUAAUCCGUAGAGCAACCAAAAUUCAGGCUGAAAAUAAACUUCGGCAAUCCAGUACCUUCUCUGUGAAUUACAGAAAGCACCUUUUCUAAGCACAGGCUGUAAAUAGCAGACACUUGAACAGAGAGCCUUGAUUAUGCUUCAUUUCUUAACACAAAUGACCCGUCAUGACAGACCCACCUCUGAGAGCCCAAGCUCCUCAGUUUAUUUUUUUAUUCUCUUCCUGCCUUAUUUCACCGAAUGACCAUGAUACUUUUUAAACAUGAUAAGAGUUCCUAGGAAGUUACCCAGGUAAAGGGGUGAUUUCUAACUAGUCAAAAUACCUUAUCUGGCCUUUUCUAUAAACAUUAAGCCUUUCUCCCAAGCCCAUGCUUAGGCUACCUACAGACAAAGGCAAAAUUUAGAAAGUAAAUGAUAAUGCAGUGUUUCUGGAGAGUGUAUUGCUUGGUACUUCGUAUCUUUCCUUUACAACUCAUGAUGCACCUGCAGUCCAUUUCAUCUUCCCACCAACAGAACCGUGUUGACGUGGCACGUUUCCCGAGUUUGAUAGAAAGACGUUAAGUGCCGUGGGAUAUACAGAUGUUCUCGCCUACAAGCAUUGUACCAGCCUUUUCAAAAGUGAAUUUAUACAAGCAUGGACACUAGUCUCAAUAAACGUUUUGAUAUUCAUAUAUCUGAAUGUUCCCUACUCUAAAUGUUUUUAGCUUUAGCAUAUCUAAAUUCUAUAGUUAUAGAGAAUCUUACACAUUUGAAACACAUUUGAAAGGAAUGGUACUAAGUGGUGCUCCAAGAACAUGUGGAAAAGUAACUCACUUUAUUCAUUUCAAUGCUUUUUUUUUUGGCCACACCGAGCACAUGUGGAAGAUCCCGGGUCAGGGAUUGAACCCACACGACAGCAGUGACCAGAGCCACCGCAGUGACACCACCAAGUCCUUAACCCACUGAGCCACCAGGGAACUCCUCAAGGCUUCUUGACGAGGUAUCGUUUUACCACUGUAUGAAGUGACAGGUUUAUACAAGAUUACUUUGAAGCCAUUUUUUUACUUUUGGGUGGUUUCCUUAUCUUAUUGGGGUUUGGAAUCAGUUUCUUUAUUUUCAGGGGUUGUAACACUACAGCCUGCUGACCUUCAGCAAGCUUCCUUUUGGGUUUAGAGAGGUCUUCAAAGGAAGUUUCUAAAAUCUCCUUGUCUCGGCUCUCCAGAGACUUGGUCUCUGAGUUCUCCUGGGGGUCUUCAGGUGUGUCCUGGAGGUCCCCGAGCCAUGGAACAUUCAGAGGGGGGACCCUGGGGAUGAUGGUGCUCACUUCAUCUGCAAAGGCAGUGGUGUUUUUCCUGAAGCCCAGGGCCAAGAUGCAUUUUAGGCCCACGACAGGUGCGAUCCUCUCGCUGAGCCGGGGCACCUGGCCGGCAGGGACGCCUCUGCUGGCGCUCAGCUGCACCAGGUGUGCAGUGACCAUGGCAGGCUUGGCCGACUUACAGGCCAGCACUAAGAGCAGCUCGUUCCUCUCCAGCGCUCUGGUGACUUCGUUGACGCCGAUGGCCAGCUGCUUCCGCACGUGCGCAGGGGUCCACCCUGACGCCUGGGCAUCACCUUCUGACCUUUUCUCCUCCAGAUCCUGGCCGGUGUCCGCAGCCAUGCCACAUGUGUCUCCACUCUCUUUCCCUAAAGAGGGCUGCUUUUUCUUCCUCUUCCUGUCCUCCACCUUCCGAAGCCCGAGGGAUUUAAACCUGACCUCCAGCGUCUGCAGUAUGAAGUGCAUGUCCUCUUGCCCCAGGGUGCCCCAGCAGGUGGCGUACGGGUUGUUCAAGGAGGUCUUCACAGGCGGAGGUCUCGUCUUCCGCACAGAGCCCCUCCCCGGGGCUUGCGGGGCUGCGGCCAUUUGGAAAAUCCUUCAGAGAGAAGCAAAACGACAAGGGAAAAUUCGUGAUCACUAGACAUACGUGACUUAAGAAUGUCGUGGUUGUGCUCAUUCUGAUUCUUCAAAGGCUGAUUCUGAUCGGCUCUAGCAAGCCUACUUAUAUAGGACAUAUGUAUCCCAUAGACAUGUGUGACCAUACACAUAACCUCUCUUUUAAGUUAUUUAUUUUCCCCUCUUUUUUCCAAUGACUUGGCCCUCAUUUGUAUACAGGCAAUUUAUGAAUGUUCUGUGGUACUGUGAUCACAGUGAAAUUCUUUUAGUUUAUUUCAUUUAUUAAAAAUGUUCCAUG